CAGGAGUACCUAUCGACGCAGACUGCGCUUGUGGCUGAGGACUUGUCUUUUCUCCAGAAACUUUUCCAGUGGCGGAGAGAAAGUAAUUUCAGCAUUUCAGCAGAAAGGCGUGAAGCGCUUUCACAUUGUAGCCAUCAAGCAGAGCAUCAGCAAGGCAGCGACCUCUGAAGCACCAUGGCGGCGUCUUGUGCGAUGGCGGGCUCUCUGCAGACUGUCCUCAAUGGCAGUCUCAGCAGCAGAACAACAGGUGCUCGGUCUCUUGGUUCGUCUUCUUCGUCUUUCACCGCUCCUUCCCCUCUCUUCGCUCACAAGCAGAAUGCCAGGCAGCGGGCCAGGGGUGGGGCCCUCUCUGUGACCAGCAUGGCUAAGGAACUGCACUUUAACAAGGAUGGCUCCGCUCUCAAGAGAAUGCAGACUGGUGUGAACAAGCUGGCAGAGCUUGUGGGGGUGACCCUGGGACCCAAGGGGCGGAAUGUGGUUUUGGAAAGCAAGUAUGGUUCUCCCAAGAUCGUGAAUGACGGAGUUACAGUUGCAAAGGAGGUAGAGCUGGAGGACCCUGUAGAAAACAUUGGCGCUAAGCUGGUAAGGCAGGCGGCUGCCAAGACAAAUGACCUGGCGGGAGACGGCACCACCACGUCCGUUGUGCUGGCGGCGGGGAUGAUUGCAGAGGGCAUGAAGGUUGUUGCUGCUGGGGCUAACCCCAUCCAGAUCAUCCGGGGGAUUGAGAAGACGACCAAGAGCCUGGUGGAUGAAUUGAAGACUAUGUCCAAGGAGGUGUCCGACAGCGAGCUCGCUGACGUGGCGGCCGUCAGUGCGGGAAACAACAACGAGGUUGGGCAGAUGAUUGCGGAGGCGAUGGGCAAGGUCGGGCGCACCGGUGUGAUCACUUUGGAGGAGGCCAAGAGUGUGGAGAACAACCUGUACGUUGUGGAGGGCAUGCAGUUUGACAGGGGCUACAUCUCCCCUUACUUUGUCAGCGACCCUGAGCGCAUGUCCGUCGAGUAUGAGAACGCAAAGAUCUUGCUGGUUGACAAAAAGAUCUCGACCGCGCGCGACAUCAUCACCAUCCUGGAGGACGCAAUCCGCAGCAGCUACCCCAUCCUGAUUAUUGCAGAGGACAUUGAGCAGGAGGCUCUUGCCACGCUUGUUGUCAACAAGCUGCGGGGGGCUCUCAAGGUGGCCGCGAUCAAGGCGCCCGGAUUUGGAGAGCGCAAGAGCCAGUACCUGGAUGAUAUCGCCAUCUUGACCGGAGGAACCGUGGUGCGUGAGGAGAUUGGCCUGGCUCUGGACAAGGUUGGGCGCGAGGUUUUGGGGAGCGCCGCUAAGAUCGAAAUCACCAAGGACAACACGACCAUUGUGGGAGACGGGUCCACGGAGGAAGCCGUCAAGCAGCGGGUGAACCAGAUCAAGAGGCAGAUGGAGGAUACCGAGCAGGAUUACGAGAAGGAGAAGCUUCAAGAACGGAUUGCUAGGCUGUCGGGUGGAGUUGCCAUCAUUCAGGUGGGCGCCCAGACGGAGACGGAGCUGAAGGAGAAGAAGCUGCGCGUGGAGGACGCGCUGAACGCGACCAAGGCCGCGGUCGAGGAGGGCAUCGUCGUGGGCGGAGGCUGCACGCUGCUUCGGCUCGCGGAGAAGGUCGACGAUAUUAAGGCGACGCUCGAGAACGACGAGCAGAGGAUUGGUGCUGACAUCGUGCGGCGCGCUCUUACCUACCCCCUCAAGCUUAUUGCCAAGAACGCCGGUGCUAACGGCAGCAUUGUGGUAGAAAAGGUUCGGACAAACCCCAACAAGGACUUCGGUUACAACGCGGCAACCGGCGAGUACGAGGAUCUGAUGAAGGCCGGAAUCAUCGACCCCGCUAAGGUGGUUCGGUGCUGCAUAGAGCAUGCGGCCUCCGUCGCCAAGACGUUCCUGACUUCCGACGUUGUGGUUACGGAUAUCAAGGAGGCCGAAACUGCCUCUGCCAGCCCCAUGGACAACUCCGGCUAUGGGUAUUAGAGGGAAGCGCAGGAAUAAUAUAAGGUCACUGCAGCUGCAUUCCGAUAAUCAUUCGUGCAUUGGGUGCAUGAAACAUUUUUGAACAACAUAAACUUUACAAAUAGAACUUCUAUACUGCCCACUUCUGCCACAAGGAAUGAUACUUCAGCUGGUGCAGAAGCAUUGAAAGGACAGGCAACGGAGGCACUGACGCUGGAGCUGAAACGACUUUCUAUGGUGCUUCGAUCUGUCCAUUGUUUGCCAGCUUGUUGCCUUUACGCGUGGAGCAAAGCUUCCAAAUAUGAGUGUACUAAUUGAAUCUGUUCCUGGACAUCUGAUCAGCUUCAACCAAGGUUGAGCUUUGAGGAGACUCCUUUCAAAAUAGGCUAUUGCCAUCCCGCCCGUG